AUGAAGGGUUUGGUUUCCUCUAGGUCUAAAGAUGAUCGAGUUUUUUCACUUGGUUUUGUUUCACUGCUGCCUUCCGGUUUGUCAGUUUCAGUUGGCUUGUCUUUUGGUUUAUCAGUUUCAGUUGGCUUAUCGGUUUCAGUUGGCUUGUCUGCGGGUUUAUCAGUUUCUGUUGGCUUGUCUGCGGGUUUAUCGGUUUCAGUUGGCUUGUCUUUUGGUUUAUCAGUUUCAGUAGGUUUAUCAGUUGGCUUGUCUUUUGGUUUAUCAGUUUCUGUUGGCUUAUCAGUAUCAGUUGGCUUGUCUGCGGGUUUAUCAGUUUCUGUUGGCUUGUCUUUUGGUUUAUCAGUUUCAGUUGGUUUGUCUUUUGGCUUAUCAGUUUCUGUUGGCUUAUCGGUUUCAGUUGGCUUGUCUUUUGGUUUAUCAGUUUCAGUUGGCUUAUCAGUAUCAGUUGGCUUGUCUGCGGGUUUAUCGGUUUCAGUUGGCUUGUCUUUUGGCUUAUCAGUAUCAGUGGGCUUGUCUUUUGGUUUAUCAUUUCAGUGGGCUUGUCUUUUGGUUUAUCAGUUUCGAGUUGGCUUAUCAGUUUCUGUUGGCUUAUCAGUAUCAGUUGGCUUGUCUUUUGGUUUAUCAGUAUCAGUGGGCUUAUCAGUUUCUGUUGGUUGGUCUUUUGGUUUAUCAGUUUCUGUUGGUUUGUCUUUUGGCUUAUCAGUAUCAGUUGGCUUGUCUUUUGGUUUAUCAGUUUCUGUUGGCUUAUCAGUUUCUUUUGGUUUAUCAGUUUCUGUUGGCUUGUCUUUUGGUUUAUCAGUAUCAGUUGGCUUCUCUUUUGGCUUAUCUGUUUCGGUUGGUUUGUCUUUUGGUUUAUCAGUAUCUGUUGGCUUGUCUUUUGGCUUAUCGGUUUCAGUUGGCUUGUCUUUUGGUUUAUCAGUUUCUGUUGGCUUAUCAGUAUCAGUUGGCUUGUCUGCCGGUUUAUCGGUUGGUUUGUCUUCUGGCUUACCAGUUGGCUUAUCAGUUGGUUUAUCAGUUGGUUUAUCAGUUGAUGGAGUUUGCGAUGGAGUUUGCGAAGGAGUAUGGGAUGGAGUUUGCGAAGGAGUAUGGGAUGGAGUUUGGGAUGGAGUUUGGGAUGGAGUUUGGGAUGGAGUUUGGGAUGGAGUUUGGGAUGGAGUUUGCGAAGGAGUUUGGGAUGGAGUAUGGGAUGGAGUUUGCGAAGGAGUUUGGGAUGGAGUUUUAGAUGGAGUUUGA